CGGACAUGACACGCAGCAUAAACAACUUUCAAGACCAUACCAACUUCCUCUUUCCAAAACCCAAAAUGAAGAUCACCCUCUGCUUCCUCGCCGCCACAUUGGCUAGCGUUAUGGCCGCCCCUUCUGAUGUCCAGGACCCGGCCGUCAAAGGUCGGGCCGCGUGCUGGAACCGAAGCAGCUGCAGCAUGUCCUGGAGCGGCAAGUGCGAGGACUACUGCAAGCCUUACAAGUUCUCUCACAUGGCCAGGACCGAUUGCGGCAUUUUGGAAAAGCGAUGCUGCUGCGAGACCUAAGGAACUCAGCUCUCGAGGACCAGGCACUCUCGCAAUCACCUUGGGAAGGGGUGGGCUCUUUUCAAGUUUGCGAGAUUGGUACAUCUAGGUGGACGACGGAAGUUAGGACCGG